AUACAAUAAUUUCACUUAAAGGCUUGAAUUCUAAAAUCGGCCCAAUUUAGCCUUGACCCAUAUUAGCCCAAUUGGGUCGGGUUGGGCUGCCCCGAUCUGGAUUCAGAUCUUGCCACCUCUCUCUCUCUCCUCUCUCUCACACACACACACACACACAAAAACACACACAAACGGAGCAAUAAAACUCCGCCGGAAAGAUGAGAGCUCUGUAGCGGAGAGAAUUAUGGCGCCGGCUCCACCGAAGCAGCUCCUCCCACUUCUACUCUUCAUUCUCGUCUCCUUCACCUGUAUCUGGCUCUUCUCUCUCACCGCAUCCAAUCGCAGCGCUCGAAUCCAAACCCAACAGCUCCAAAUCGCAACCCAAACCCCAGGCCCUAACUUCACGUUCAUCGUCAAACUCCUCACAUUCAACCGCCUCUCCUCUCUCUCCCGAUGCCUCAAUUCUCUCUCUAAAGCCAAUUACGACGCCGGCGAUGCAGUCCAUCUCCACGUCUACAUCGAUCAUUUCCCGCUGGAUUCGCGGAACGAUUCUGCGGAAUUGGACGGGAAAUUGAGUGUGUCCAGGCAGAUUGUUGAUUUUGUCGAUGGAUUCGAUUGGAAAUUCGGCGAGAAGUUGGUGCAUUAUCGGACUACCAAUGCUGGGCUCCAGGCUCAGUGGCUCGAGGCGUGGUGGCCCUCCUCGGAUCAUGAGUUUGCCUUUGUUGUUGAGGAUGAUCUGGAGGUUUCGCCUCUCUAUUAUAGGUUUCUAAAGGCCGUGAUUUUGAAUUAUUACUACAAUGCAUCGAAUUUUAGCCCUUCCAUAUAUGGGGCAUCAUUGCAACGGCCUAGAUUCGUACCAGGUAAACAUGGAAAUAAAAUGCAAUUGGACGGUGAAAAUCAGAUUUUUCUUUAUGAGCUUGUUGGCACUUGGGGACAGCUUCUAGCACUUAGCGUCUCUCAUAGGGAUGCUGGUGUGAAUUACGGGAAAACAGCAGGGCCAGAUUCUAAUUUACUGGAUGAAAAUUCUCUCGAUUUCAAUUUAUUGGAACUUUACCCUUUGAAUAGUCUCAAGUGGUAUGAUUUCUGUUUCAGAGAAGUGCUUACUAAUAGAAUUGUGAGGAGUUCAAACGAUCUUGGAUCUGUCCUUCAUUCCGUGCAGGAAAAAAACUCCGUUGUACUUGUGAGUAUAUACAGAACACCGGAGAAUAUUGUAAGGAAUAUCCUCUGCCACUUUGAGAGGCUGGAUAUCCGAAAUUACGUCCUGAUUGGCCCACAUUCUCCUUUCCUUCUUGAUCUUUCUAGAAGGGGGCACCCUGUUAUUGACGCAAGCCAAUUUUCCGACUUUAGUCAACUUGCCAAGUCUAUCAAUUUUCAAGAUUCAACUGUGGAUCUGAUCAAAGAAAUUUUGGUGAAGGCAUAUGCAACUAAAAAGAGUUUGGAACUUGGUUAUAGUACCUGGUUGGUAGAUGGCAGCACUCUUCCUAUUAGUGGUGACUCGUUUUCCGAUUCUUUUAGUAGUGCAGGUGAUUUUUAUAUUGGGAAAACUAGUAGACUUAUCUUUCUGAGGAGCUCAUCCUCUACUUUAAAGAUUUGGACCGACGAUUUUGUAUACAAUGCUGCUUCACUAGUGGACACAUUAACGAAAGAAUCAGUUUCUCAUGACGACAUUAUUUUCUAUGGAGUCGAGAAAUUAUUGGAGAAGCAGAAUAUUAAGUAUAACAGCAUUGAGGAUAUGCAACUCGCUUUGGAUAUCGGAACCGUUCGUGCUAACCAAACCUCGUUUGAUACAAAGAAUAGAUUUAUUUUCUGGUCUUCGGAAACAGAGUUGGAUGUUAUAAAGAGGCAACUCGCACAUUUGGAUUUGUGGGUUGUGGAUAGUGAUUCUUCGUGUACUGGCGUUUUCUGUCACAGGUCAUAGUAUUUGGUUGUACACGUCAUCUGCUUUUACAGUCGAUCUUUGUGCAAUACACAAGUGAAACAGUGGGUUUUUGGACAGAAAAUGAAUGAGUGGGCCUCGAUGCACUCUAAAUCCAACUUUCCAUACAAAUCAGAUUGCGUUCUGAUAUUUGUGGACUGACUGUGAAAGCAUAUGCCAGUCGAAAGAUGGACAAUGAGGUCACUUUUUAAGUAGCAUCAUUGUUGGAAGCAAAUGAAGCUGGGCUUUAUAAUUAUUUUAACCCGAGACGCAUAGAUAUUCGUGUAGAGGAAUCGGAAUUAUUGAAGUUUGUUUGGGGGAAGUUGGCGAGCAGAUAUUACAUCAUAAUCUAUACUACUCUGUACCAUACUGAACAAUAAGAUUGACUAGUCAACGGGUACGUGUUUAACUGUAGUUGUGCGAGAAUGUUUUGUAGUGUAUUAAGAUACCGGCGAUAGCAUGCGUGUUCUGCAUCAUCAUUGACAUAUAUGCCUUGGCAAUCUUGAACCGCAGGGAAUUUGUAUGUUUGAGGUUGUGAAUUGUGAUAUAUAUACUCGAAGUUUAUUUUCCUCCUUCAGAAAUUGAAAUGUUAAAUGUCGUUUCAAUUUUA